AUGACCAUGAAAAAUGCUGGAUGGGAUAUUACACAACAUACAGACGUAGAUAGUUACUUUAGUUUCUGCGUACCUCUCAGCAUGUUAUUGGGAUUUUGCGAGGACUACAAGCAUACGAUUAUCAAUGCACGUCAUGAACUAAUUUUAAUACGAUCGCGCAACGACCAAAACUGCAUAACAGCAAUCUCUCAAGUAGAUCGUGAGGCAUUGAAAGGAAACAUUGAAUUAUUCAAAGUGCAAUGGCNAAUGCCACAUGUAGUAUUGAACGAUGUCACGAAGCUCUCGCUGCUACGAACUCUGGAAAGCAGACGGUAUUUGACCAUGAGUUUCCGCUUGUGGGAUCUCUAUGAGUUUCCAUUAUUACAAAGCACGACUAAACACUCGUGGGCCGUAAAAACGGCGACACAACUUGAGAAACCGAGAUACGUCAUAUUUGCGCUACAGACUGCUCGAAGAAACGAUAUGUCAGCAAAUGUCACCCGAUUCGAUCACUGUCAGUUGACCAACGUAAAACUUUAUCCCAAUUCUGAAUUCUAUCCUUAUGACAACUUGCAUUUAGAUUUCGAUAGAAAAUAA